UGAAGAAUUUGAUCAAACGCGAGAUCAACAAUGGCAGGUUUGAUCGACAAGGCGAAGAACUACGUGGCGGAGAAGGUGGCGAAUAUGCCGAUGCCUGUAGCGACGGUUACCGACGUGGAUCUGAAAGGUGUUGGCAUUGAAGGUAUAAAUUACGGCGCUAAGGUAUCCGUCGACAACCCUUACACCCAUUCCAUCCCCAUUUGCGAGAUCUCUUAUACCCUAAAAAGCGCCGACAGGGUUAUUGCCACGGGGACCAUACCUGAUCCGGGCUCGUUGGUGGGUAAAGAUAAGACGAUAUUGGACGUGCCGGUUAAGGUGCCACACAGCGUAUUGGUAAGUUUGGCAAGGGAUAUUGGAUCCGAUUGGGAUAUCGAUUAUGAGCUCCAUAUAGGGCUCACUAUUGACCUACCGGUUGUAGGAAAUUUCACCAUUCCUCUUUCCACAAAAGGAGAGAUCAAACUUCCCACUCUUUCCGAUUUGUGGAGCAAAAAUCCACCACAAUCAUCAGUUUAA